GCACUACUAGUUAUCCUAAAAUUGUUUACAAUUCACUCGUUGCACAUGCUUACCCUGUCAGCCUCAAUUAAUAUUGCCUUAGAAUUGUUUGAUCAUUAUAAGAGAUUAAUAAUUGUCUACUUGUGUUAAAUCGUAGAUUCAGUUAUUAUUUAAAGGUAUCCUAUUGGAUCAGCCAGUGCAUACAUCUUCCUAGGCACUGCAAGUUACCACGUACCGCAAGGCAGCGUCAUGACGUCCAUGGAAAUUUGGAAAUUGUUUGAACCAGAUAAUUAUUACAAGAGCUUUUUAGAGCAAAACAAGAGGCCAGAUGGACGAGGCUUAAAGGAAGUUCGACCAAUCACAAUUAAUGUUGGAACAGUGAAUACAGCAGAUGGUUCGGCUACUGUGCGCAUUGGUCAUACAGCCGUGAUGUGUGGCAUUAAAGCAGAAUUAGCAACUCCAAUGCUUAGAAAACCAAAUGAAGGUUACAUCAUUCCCAAUGUAGAACUGUAUCCAUGUUGUUCGCCAAAAUUUAAGGCUGGACCUCCCGGUGAGAAAGCGAUAGAAGCAAGUCAGUUUCUUAAGAAUGUCAUUAAAAGUGCAAAUUUAGUGGAUUUAGAAGCGUUUUGUAUCAAACCUAACAAGAUGGCCUGGUGUCUUUAUUGUGAUGUUGUAUGCGUGAAUUAUGAUGGAAACCUGUUAGACGCUGCUCUGAUAUCCUUUAUUGCUGCACUUCAAAAUGUAAAGCUACCAGAAAUCAGAUAUGAUGAUGAAACUGAAAGAGUUGAAGUCGGCCUGGAAAGGAAUGUACCUGUUGCGCUGUUGGCAAAACCUGUGUCAUCAACAUUUACAGUAUACAAUGAAAACAUACAUCUAAUGGACCCAACAUCUGAAGAUGAAGACCAGGGUAGAGGGGAGAUAACAAUAGUCUUAUUAGAAGAUGGAACAAUGUGUACAAUCAAUAAAUCAGGAGGACAGCUUCUUACACAGGAAACUUUGGACAAUUUUGUCACCCUUGGAAAGGCACAAAUAAAAAUUGUUAAUGAUUGUAUUGCUAAAGCUUUAAUUGAGAGAAUGGAUGAGUCUUAAGGCUAUUAAAGGUUUUGUAAAUAA